ACAAGCUCUUUGAUAGCAGAGCGCAUCAUGUAUUUGCGCUUAGUUUGCGUUUUUCUUCUCAAUUCACUCACCAGAGGCCUAGGGCAGGCUUUAAAUGAAGAUGGCAGCAUAACAUUCCAAAAUGAAACCGUUUGUACAACAACGGAACAAAAUGUCUUGAAGAUAGAUUGCAAAAUCUCACUUCCAAACAACACAGUUGCAGUAGAUGGAGUUGAAUUUUGGCUCUUUGGCCAAGAUAGUAAAAAAGAAGUAACUGGUCGGCUAGCUAGGGGACUCUUAAAUUCCUCUGGUUUGGAACAGUUUGCAGUGGACCCCCAAGUGGUGGGAAAUUUCAGCCUACAGAAGGCAACCAUCAGUUUGACUGUUAAAUUGUCCAAACUUACUACUGGUCAGUUUCAGGCAAAGACUUCAUUUGGCAUACACCUUUCUGAGACAACUCUCACAAGUCAUCCUGUUGUGAUGAAAAAAGUGAUUGUUGUUGUGUCUGCUCAAGAGAAAUAUCCUAAUGCCACAGAUAAAAUAAUACGCCAUCGACAUGACAAACUGUUUGUCAUAAAAUACUCCAAUACAUGCACAGCAGGACUAACACCAACACCAACACCAACACCAACGUCGACAUCAACCUCGCCUAGUAUUUCUGAAGCAGUAAAUGUAACUGUUAGCUGUCAACUAACCCACCCGCCAAGUAAACAGAAGGACAUUGUGGCUAAAGGAACUACACUUUUGGUAGUCUACAUUGCUGGUCCUAUUGUGGUUGUCAUGAUUGUGGUUCUGCUGUGGUAUCUAAAAAGAAAAAAGGAAAGAAGCUAUGCACUUGCUGUGGACAUGAGAUACAGUGAUUAA